AUGUGCGCGGACAUCUUAGUGGGCAGAGACAUGCCAGCUCCGAUCUCCGGGCGCCAGACCUUGCUCUUCAGCGCCACCAUCCCCCAGAAGAUCCGCGACAUGUGUCCGCAGAUCCUACGGGAGAAGCGCACAGCCAAUCUCACCAUCGGCUUCUACGACGAUGACAAGGGGGGGUCGUGCGAGAGUAUCACUCAGCUUUUGCGCUGGUCCCCGGAUGAGAAGCAACGGGUCCAGGAGCUGGUGCAAGACCUGCGGAGGGUCUGGGACCGCAAGAAGGGCCGCGUGGUGAUCUUCUCCAACAUGCGGAUUACGGCGGACAGCCUGGCGCACGAGCUGAAGCGGGAGGGCAUGACUUGCCGGCACCUGCACGGGAAGUUGGACCAGGAAGUGCGGGAGAAGGUCUUCGAUGGCUUUCGAAGAGGGGAGUUCGACAUCCUGGUGGCAACCAACGUGGCGUCGCGGGGUCUAGACUUCCCUGACGUGUCCUUGGUGGUGCAGUUCAACUUGCCGGACUCCGUGGAUGUCUACACCCACCGAGUGGGCCGCACUGGACGAAUCGGCCAGGUGGGGCACGCUCUGGCGUACAUGGGCCCCAGGGACAAGAGGAUCGCCGCCAAGUUGGUGGUGACUUGGACUGGCUUCGGGACAUGGCCAUCCGCGCUGAGACCUUGCGGCACCGGCGCUGAGUACCGGGCUCGGGAGUCCAUCUACCUCUCGGCCCUGGUGGGUCAGGAAGCAGAGAUGACCCAGCUGAAGGCCAUCGCCGCGGAGAUCAUGGGCGCCUACGGCGAUGCCUCCCGGGCCGCGCAGCGAGGCGCUCUUUCCGAUGCGGCUAGCAAUAUGGAGGUCUUGAUGCUUCGGCAGCAAGCACGAUCCAAAGAGCAGCGGGUGAGACAGCUGAAGGACGACCUAGAAGCGAACCGCUUUGAUCAAAGUGACCCUGCGGGGAAAGCCUUGAUGCAGAAGUGCAAGGCGCUGCUGUCAGAGAACCGAGAGCUCGGGGAGCUCAUGGGGCAGGACCGCCUGGCCGACCUGCGAGUAGCGCUGCAGAAUGAGCAGAGGCGAAAUGCGGAGCUGUUGCAGAAGUGCGAGGAGAGCGCGGAGUUCUGCCGCGAGCUGUCGCAGGACAACGAGAAGCUGCAAGGCAGCAUCGCCAAGGUGGCGGGCACGCUGCGCCAGGCGCGUACUGAGCUCGAGCAGCUCAAGAGACAGCGGCAAGAGGCCAAGGCACACCGGAAGCAGGAGAAGCUGCGCCAGAAGGCCGCGGCUUUGGCCCAGACGGAGCUCGCGGGAGCCGAGAUCCCGGCUGCCGUGGAAGUCGUGGACGAUGAGGAGGCAAAGCUUCAGGCGGGAGUGACAAGCAUCGCGUCGCAGGCGCCAAAGGAGAAGAAGAAGAAGCGCAAGGUCUCUACCAGUGAGCCCGUCGCCGCGCAGUUUGGCUGA